AUGGCAGCCCAUGUUCCAAAAUACACUUUCAAGCAGACUUUGGAAGAUGUAACAGUAACCAUUCCACUGUCAGCAAAAACGAGAGCCAAGUUUGUUAAUGUUAAACUUGGCAAUUCUAGUAUUGAAGCUGCUUUAAAGUCGACCCCUGAUGAUUAUCUGAUCAAAGGAACUCUAUUCAAUGAAAUUAUUGUGGAUGAGUCUACUUGGUCUGUCGUUGAUCAAGAAGAACUGGUAUUUAACUUAGAAAAAGUCAACAAAACUGAAUGGUGGCCACAUGUUGUUACUACUGAUCCAAAGAUAGAUGUCACAAAGAUUCAACCAGAAAACUCCAAACUGAGUGACCUAGACGACGAAACAAGAGGUAUGGUUGAGAAAAUGAUGUUCGACCAGAAACAAAAGCAAGCCGGACUCCCCAGCAGUGACGAAUUGAAAAAGAGGCAGACUUUGGAAAAGUUCAAAGCUAUGCAUCCAGAGCUCGACUUCAGUAAAGUAGAUAUGAAUAAUAUAUGA